AACCUCUGUUAUGUAUUCAUAAAGUCCAUAUCUUAUCACGUAUUGUACAUUUCGUGCUCACACGUGAUUGUCGGCGUGUAGACUGGGAUUACACAGCAAGAAACAAACGCAUAGCAAAUGCAUUCAAAACUCACCGUCACCUGCUACUCAUCGUUAGUACACUUUCUGGAACAGCCGAGUGAAGUACGCGAAGCACAGAAGAACGUGUCUCUCGAUAAAAAUGGCUGGAACUAUCAGUAAUCGCGUUCUUUCGAUUCAAAGCCAUGUAGUACAUGGACAUGUUGGUAACAAAAGUGCAGUGUUUCCGCUUCAGGUUCUCGGAAUUGAAGUCGACCAAAUAAACUCCGUACAGUUUUCAAAUCAUACUGGCUAUGCGAACGGUUUCAAGGGACAAGUCUUGAAUGAAAAAGAACUAUCAGACGUAUACUCCGGACUAGUGGACAAUGAUUUGCACAAACUGUACACUCAUCUGCUGACCGGAUAUGUGGGCAAUCCAACAUUCCUUCGCGAGAUCGCAAACAUUAUCAAGUCACUACGAAGUGUGAACAAGAAACUGAUCUACGUAUGUGAUCCGGUAAUGGGAGAUGAUGGAGUUAUGUACGUCCCGAAGGAAUUAUUGCCGAUUUAUCGCGACGAAAUUGUUCCGCUAGCUGACAUAAUCACGCCUAACCAAUACGAAGUGGAGUUGCUCACUGGAAAGCCAAUUAAGUCGGAAAAAGACGUCUGGGAGGCGAUGCAAUGGUUUCACGAGAAGGGCGUGGAUACGGUUGCAAUUUCUUCGUCCGAACUAGGCACUAAAGAUACAUUGCUUGCAUAUGUAAGCAGUCGUGCUAGUUCCAAAUCGGAGCAGUAUCGUUUGGCCAUUCCAAAACAGGGCAACAAUAUCAUCCGGUUUACCGGUACGGGAGAUCUUUUCGCAUCGCUCUUUCUAGCGCACUCUGCGUUGACGAACUUCAACAUUGCGGCUUCUCUAGAACGUUCUAUUGCCACGCUACAGGCAGUUAUUACGAAAACCCUGAGCUGUAUCCCAGAGCAGGUUCUCCUGGGAAAAGUGCCGGUAACAUCUCAACAACGAGAACUGAAACUGAUCCAAAGUAAGGCCGACAUUGAGCAACCGAAGAUAACGUUAAAAUGUGAAAAGGUUUGAUAGAAGGACGAUGAAAAAGAUUAGUUUUUUAUUUUUCAUGUGACGUGUGACAAUAUGUAAUGUUGAUUUUGUUAAACCGACCAUAUUUGCAACAAUUGGAGAAAUAACCAAAUAUAUAUACAUAUGUGAA